GAAAUGAGCGCUGGUGCGCCUUCACACUGAGAGCGGUGGGCAUUGGGCAUAGACACGUCGUUCAUUACAAUGCAAUCGUCGCACUCGCGCCCUAUUGGGCCUCGCAGCAAUCCGCGUUCGCAGUCUCCAGCUCCCCCAGCUCUGGGAGGAACUCGUCCUCUUCAGAUUCGUAAAGUAUCUAACGAUCCAUCUCCAUCUCCAUCGUUGCAUCCCCCAUCCCCACCAUUACCGUCCUUGUCUUCCUCUCCAGUGCCAUCGCGACCUCACCUUCCGGGUCUUUCUUUGCCACGACCCAAUGGCUCAAAACCUCUUUUACGCCUUCCCAUGGCAGGCGCGUACGGCGCAUCUUACUAUCAGGGACCACCCACUAUUCCUCUGGAGUUGAACUCAGAAAACCCUGGAGUCCUUACUGUGCGACCGGAGACGGUUGCCCAGACACCUAAGCCAAAUGAAGCAGAAAAACCAGACAACAGCAUCGCACAGCUGGUUGCCGUCUUCGACAAGGCAUCCCUCGACACAUAUUCUGCUAACGAGGAAUCAGUGGCUUAUGGUGCUACAAAGUGGUCAGACGGCGUCCUCGAAGAACUUGACCGGCUAGGAGAGGGCCAGGGUGGUGCAGUCCAUAAGGUUAGAGACAAGCGCAGCAAUUUCAUUAUGGCAAGAAAGACAAUCACCACGAGAGAGGCGCCUCUCAAGCAGCUCGAACGUGAACUGUUCAUUUCGUCUACCACGAAGCAUGUCAAUAUCAUCCGCUUCUAUGGCGCUUACAUGUCGCCUUCAUCGAGCGAGGUUAAAGUUGUAAUGGAAUAUUGCCCGGGGAAAAGUUUGGAGGCGGUCGGCAAACGUAUCAAAGACCGAGGAGGGAGGAUAAGCGAAAAGGUGGCAGGACGCCUGGCCGAAGGGGUACUCCAAGGCCUUGCCUAUCUGUACAGCCUGAAGACUAUUCACAGGGAUAUCAAGCCGUCAAAUAUUCUCCUUACUGGCGAGGGUAUCGUAAAACUAUGUGAUUUUGGUGUUUCUGGGGAACUCGUUCGAUCCCUGGCCGGAACUUUCACGGGGACAAGCUUUUACAUGGCUCCCGAACGUAUCAGCGGCAAGGAGUACAGUAUACGUGCCGACGUUUGGUCUACGGGUAUUACGCUAUUGGAACUAGUGCAAAACCGCUACCCCUUCCCUGAUGACCUGACUCCGAUUGAAUUACUGGUCCACAUCACUACUGGAGAGCCUCCUCAACUCACCGACGAAGCGGAUGUCAGAUGGAGCAAUGACAUGAAGGAUUUCAUCAAGCAGACUUUGAUCGUCGAUGAUCAUGUUCGCCCCCCGCCUAAAGAGAUGUUAACACACCCUUGGGUGACCAACAUCAUGAAGCAGGAAGUACCGAUGGCACGGUGGAUCGGUGAAGUUUGGGGCUGGCCUAGACCCCAAAAUCGUGCCAAAGAAGCCUCUCGGCCAGGCUCAAGUCGGGGAGUAGGCACCCCGCCUCCUAGAGUUAACGGAUCUGAGAAUUAGUGAAGAAGUUGAAUGUAAGAACAUAAAUCUGCUCGCCAAUCUGUCCGCGUUGCACAUCUCUGUAUCACCAAAUAUUUCCCUUCUUUUCUUGUUGGUCUUUUUUCCCGAUUAUUUUUCCGUCGAAUUUCCCCCAUGUCUUGUCGAUUUCUCCUUCUUUUUUUCUUUUUUCUUUCUUCUUGCAUACGUACCACAUACAGCACAUAUACAGCUUCCAGAUAUCCAAAAAUCGCACUCAAAUGGAACGGACAGUUCGAUAUAGGCCAAUGUUUCAAUGUUGAUAGUUCCCUAGUAAUGAAACAGAACGUUUUGUGAGCCACUUGUGCGCCGUGGUGGCACGAUUGAGCUGCUU